AUGGCGAAGGUGGCGAAAGAGAGUGCGGAUGUUAUCAUUCUUGAUGACAACUUCUCCACUAUAGCCACUGUUGCUAAGUGGGGUCGAUCAGUGUACAUCAAUAUUCAGAAGUUUGUGCAGUUUCAGCUGACAGUCAAUGUGGUUGCUCUCAUUGUAAACUUCUCUUCAGCUUGCUUGAUAGGGAGUGCUCCUCUUACCGCUGUGCAAUUGCUCUGGGUCAACAUGAUCAUGGACACACUAGGCGCACUGGCAUUGGCCACAGAACCUCCAAACAAUGAGCUGAUGAAGAGAACUCCUGUUGGAAGGAAAGGAAACUUCAUCAGCAACGUCAUGUGGAGGAACAUCAUGGGACAGGCCAUCUACCAGUUCCUUGUAAUUUGGUAUCUGCAGGCUGAAGGGAAAUGGCUCUUUGCAAUCGAGGGCGACAACUCCGAUCUAGUCUUGAACACAAUCAUCUUUAACUGCUUCGUAUUCUGCCAGGUAUUCAAUGAGGUGAGCUCAAGGGAGAUGGAGAGGAUAAAUGUCUUCGAGGGCAUCCUAGACAACAACGUGUUCGCCGCCGUCCUCGGCAGCACCGUCGUCUUCCAGUUCAUCAUAAUCCAGUUCCUCGGCAACUUCGCGAACACGACCCCUCUCACGUUCACGCAGUGGAUCGCCAGCAUCUUCAUCGGCUUCAUUGGCAUGCCGAUCGCCGUUGCGGUGAAGAUGGUGCCGGUCGAUUCUGCGUAGGAGGCACUACUAAUUCCUGUCAGAAACUGAAGCCUGGCAAUUUUUGGCCACUGCCAUUUGCAUAACUAGUUCUUUUUUUCUCUCCUUUGUGUAAUGCAUUUAGGUAAGUCGUCUUUGCCCAUUUUUAUUGCUGUAUGAUCUAGAGGUUGAGACAGGUAAUGGGCCUGAUCAUUCAGACUGUCGAAUAGGAUCAUGUAGCUUUUGGUGUUCCAAAUUCUUCACUCUUUAUGUGUUUCCUUUGGAACUCUGGAACUGUA